UCGGGUUUGACGCUGAAUAUACACAUCUUUGAAAAUUUUUGGAAGUCUUAAAAUUGAGUUUUAGCUACGAAUAGUUUUAAUUUUUAUAUUCAAAAUGUCUUUACCGAGUAAUUAUAAACAAAUUGCUGUUGGUGCGCCUACUGGACCACCAACACCAGCACCUAGCAGCGGUUCAGGCAGCAGCCGUUCACGAUCUUCUGGUGCUGGUGGCGGUUCUGAUCGUAACAAGGAUACUACACCCGUUUUUACUCAUAGCAAUUACGGGAAUCCAGCCUUCACACCACAGAAGGCAGGAAAAUCGUCAAGUUCCAAAAAUCAAUCGGAGUCGCGUACGCCUAAGCCACCAAAGCCCCCAGAGAAGCCGGUUCUUCCAUAUAUGCGAUAUUCAAAACGUAUUUGGGAUAGUGUAAAAGCUCAGUAUCCAGACCUUAAGCUAUGGGAAUUGGGAAAAAAGAUUGGAGCAAUGUGGAAGCAGUUAACGGAAGGCGAUAAACAAGAAUUCAUUGACGAGUAUGAAGCUGAUAAAGCUGAGUAUGAGAAGGCAUUAAAAACGUACCAUAAUUCACCAGCAUAUUUAAGUUUUUUGGCUGCUAAGAGCAAAGCAAAGACUGAUGCCGACGUACAUGAGACACCUUCUCGAUCCAGUGGAAAGAGCCAACAGGAAAGACGAAUUGAUAUUCAACCCGCUGAAGAUGAAGAUGAUCAGGAUGAAGGAUAUUCGUUCAAACAUUUAGCAUACGCUAGAUAUUUGCGUAAUCAUCGUCUAAUCAAUGAGAUAUUCUCAGACGCUGUAGUACCAGAUGUACGAUCUGUCGUGACCACACAAAGAAUGCAAGUCUUGAAAAGGCAAGUUAGCUCUCUUACUAUGCAUCAAACUAAGCUUGAAGCUGAACUACAACAGAUGGAAGAAAAGUUUGAAGCUAAGAAACAACGUAUGGUGGAGUCUAGUGAAGCAUUUCAGGAGGAGUUAAAGCGUCAUUGUAAGCCAGCAGUAGAUGAAGAAACAUUUCAGAAAAUGGUAGUAAAAAUGUAUGAAGAAAUGAAACGUGAACGCCAACGUGCUGAUGAGCAUCCGGCGGUUGGGGGUACCGCAGCUAUUAAUCACGCCGUUAUAGCACAAUCAGUGAGUAACAGACAUGACGAGAAACCGAUUUGUUCUGGUAGCCAAUCCACAUCUUCUGUAUCAAGUGAUAUCUCACUUACAGGCAAAAAGGAUGAUAUAACACCAACAACACCAAGUACACUUUCAAAUCCAGUACCAAAAGAGGCUUCCGAGGCUAGUAGCAAAACAGAACCGGAGCCUAUGGACAUAGAAUCCUCGCCAAAGCCUACGGCAACGAUGCCGCUCAGAACGGAGGCACAAAAACCAAUUGCCAAACCACCCGGUGAAAUAGCAAAAGAAACAAAUAAGCCGCAAACGGUGUCAAAUGUAAAAGCUGGACAACCGGGCAAAGUACCCACUCCUACGCCAACACCACCACCCCCAACAACAUCAGUUUCAGUAGAGAGCAAUGCCCCAAGCCAACAGCAAACAUCCGUAGUUGCUGCAAAUGCUACAUCUCAGAUCAGCGCCCCCCCAACUCAAACACCACCUCCUUCACAAGCUAUGGGACAGCCACAACAGGUACCAGCCACGCCUCAGUCUUCUCAACAACCUCCGUCGGCUCCCCAACAAGUUCCACCAACAAUGGCAAUGCAUCCCCAACAUCCACCUCCACCGACACACUCGCAUUUACCACCCCACCUGCCGCCACAUCAGUCCAUUUCAGCAAUGCCGCCACACAGCGGAUAUGGUAGUUAUGGUGCUCCGGCUGGACCUACUCGCUCUCCAUAUUAUCAACCGCAAUAUGGAGCACACCCUGCCCAGCCUUAUGGUCAGUAUGCUCCAUACCCCCAUUAUCAACAACCUUAUGGUCCACCGCCAGGUGCACAUUACAUGAAUGCACGCCCUCCACCACAACAUAACGGUUCACCUGUACACUAUCAGGAACAUGGUACCCCAGUUUCCGGACAGCCACAACAGCCACAUGAUGUUUAUGGUCAGCCACCGUCACACAAUCCAGGUUUGCCCCAACAGCAGCCUGUACCUGGUGCAUCAGCACCUUUAGCCUCUACUCUACCUAGUACCGGCAGUGCUACCACCGGUAGUGGUACCAUGGCAUCGGAUGUAUCCAAAACAGAAAAUGAGAAAAAGGAUCAAUCGAGUGCUGAAUAAACGGCAGAACAAAUUUAUAACAGUACGGUUAUAUCGAUUUCCGUCAAAGUAAUCAUCAAACAUUCUACAUUUCUUAAUUGUGAGUAAUUACUUAGAUACUAGAUAUAAAAAUAAAUUCGGCAAAAAACCUGCUGUUAA